GAGAAUUCGCGUAAACUUACAGAACCGGAAAUAACCUGUGGGUCUCUUUCGUCUCCUGUGGCCAUCGCUGAAGCGGCAGCGGCCAAAAUGAAGUUCAAUCCUUUUGUGACUUCUGACCGGAGCAAAAACCGUAAAAGGCACUUCAAUGCACCCUCUCACGUUCGAAGGAAGAUUAUGUCUUCUCCUCUGUCCAAGGAGCUGAGGCAGAAAUACAACGUGCGGUCCAUGCCCAUCCGAAAGGAUGAUGAAGUUCAGGUUGUACGAGGGCACUAUAAAGGUCAGCAAAUUGGCAAAGUAGUUCAGGUUUACAGGAAGAAAUAUGUCAUCUACAUUGAACGAGUGCAGCGAGAAAAAGCUAAUGGCACAACGGUCCAUGUGGGCAUUCACCCUAGCAAGGUGGUUAUCACUAAGCUAAAACUGGAUAAAGACAGAAAAAAGAUCCUUGAACGUAAAGCUAAAUCUCGCCAAGUUGGAAAAGAAAAGGGCAAAUAUAAGGAAGAAACAAUUGAGAAGAUGCAGGAGUAAAAUA